AUAGGAAGAUUUAAUCCCAGUAAACACCCCAGAGAAGGAACAAAAAACAAAGAGCACCCAAACACAACUUCAAAACGCACACACCCUGCAACUACACAAAUUUCCUCUUCCACUUUUCAAUUGGUAGUUACAAAGUCUUGAAAUUUAAAGUUUCAAUCUUGCAAUCUCCCGAAUCUUGAAUAUGAUUGGGUUUUGCACAUAGAUUCUGCCUAGUGAUUGCUUGUAAUUGUGUUCUUUUUUAAUUCCAAGUAUUUUAUUUCAUUUUCCAUCUGGGAUUUGUGUCUGCAUGCAUAAAUUGAGUUGUGUUGGUCAAUUUUGAGGGUAAAGAAUGGAUCUUGGAGUGAAAUCCACGCCUUAUACAAGCUCUAAUGCUUCUUGGAAGUCCGGCGCCGACGCCGCUCCCGGCCAAUUUCCGGCGGGAUUGAAAGUUCUUGUUGUUGAUGAUGACCCCACUUGUUUGAGAAUCUUGGAGAAGAUGCUCAAAAAUUGUUUGUAUGAAGUUACGACGUGCAAUCGAGCAGAGGUUGCUCUGAACUUUCUCCGAGACCACAAAAAUGGCUGUGACAUUGUGAUAAGUGAUGUUCAUAUGCCCGAUAUGGAUGGUUUCAAGCUCCUCGAGUGCGUUGGCCUCGAGAUGGAUCUGCCUGUUAUCAUGAUGUCUGCGGAUGAUAGCAAACAUGUAGUGAUGAAGGGUGUUACACACGGUGCUUGCGACUAUCUGAUUAAGCCGGUUCGUAUUGAGGCUUUGAAGAACAUAUGGCAGCAUGUAGUCCGUAAAAAGCAGCACGAGUUGAAGGAUAAGGAUUUGGAGCACUCGGGGAGUGUGGAGGAGGGGGAGCGGCAGCUGAAAACCUAUGAAGACACUGAUUGCUCCCAUUCGGCAAAUGAAGGGAACUGGAAAAACUCAAAGAAGAGGAAGGAUGAGGAGGAGGAUGAGUUGGAAGACAGGGAUGAUACAUCUGCAUUGAAGAAGCCAAGGGUUGUAUGGUCCGUUGAGCUCCAUCAACAGUUUGUAACGGCUGUUAAUCAGCUUGGAAUCGACAAGGCUGUUCCAAAGAAAAUCCUGGAAUUAAUGAACGUUCCUGGCCUUACACGAGAAAAUGUUGCUAGCCAUCUACAGAAAUACCGCCUCUACCUUAGAAGGCUGAGCGGCGUAUCACAGCACCAUAAUGGUCUUGGCAGCCCGUUUAUGGGACCCACGGAUGCGCAGUUUGGCCAGAUGUCUUCUCUCAACAGUGUAGAUCUUCAAGCUCUUGCCGCCUCUGGUCACAUCCCUCACCAUAGUCUUGCAUCGAUCCAGGCGGCUGCACUUGGCCGGGCCACCUCAAAGUCGCCCAUGCCUCUACCUCUUGUCGAUCAAAGAAACGUUUUUAACUUUGAAAAUCCGAAGCUGAGGUUCCCGGAAGGUCAAAACGAGAGCAGUAGCAAGCAAGGCAACUUACUCCAUGGAAUACCGACGAAUAUGGACUCAAAACAGCUAACCUCUCUGCACCAGUCUGCGCUCGGCAACAUGAAUAUGCACAUGCAUUCCCAGACGAGCCAGAGCAGCUCGUUGAUGAUGCAGAUGGCUCAGCUUCGACCGCAGUCGAGGCCUCAGAAUUUGAAUGAUAUCAAUGGAAGCAGGAAUGGAGUCGAAGUCAUCAGCAGGCCGCAGUAUAUAUCUCAUCCCAAGCCAUCUACUUCCACGGACUUCUCGAGCCAGGGCACGGAAUUUUCAGGAAAUAAUACCUUCCCACUUCCAAGUAAUUCUGUAAUGUCGGGCGCUGAGAUGAAAGGCUCGAGAGCUUUCCUUCCCAACUACGAUGUCCUCAACAAUCUGAAUCAAAGUAGGAACCAAGAGUGGCGCAUGCAGAAUGCUGGAUCGAGCUUUGCACUUCUUCAAAACUCGAGCAUACAACGCGGGUUGGAUGUUUCAUCGUCUCUUGGAGAAAGUAGGAUCUUGGCUGCUAACAAGGCUACCCUCCCGAUUGUAGAGGGACGUGGCAACGCACCAAACGUCUCCCAGCACCUCAACUUCCCGGCUUUUGACAAAUCAUUAAGGAGCAAGGCAGAAAGACUACCCGGAAUGGGCUUCCAAAAUGGCCUCUUGCACGAACGUUUCGGCCAGGAGGACCUCAUGAGCGCACUUCUAAAGCAGCAGCAAGAAGGCAUGGUUGCCCCGGUCGAGACAGAGUUCGGUUACGAUGGCUACCAGUUGGAUAACCUCCCCGUGUAACACACCGGUACUCUAUAGCUUUAGAGUGAGAGUUUGUACAUAGUUGCAUCCUAAAGAUUGGCCUUUUGUCAACGAGGCCUCGAAAUUCUUGAAUCUCUUUGAUUUUUCCGAAAGAUAUAUGCUUCCACUGUUAGGUUCAGGCUCUUGGUGCUUUGUUUGCUAUGUUACCUCUAUUGUGAUUCGAAACUGGAGAUGCGCAGCUCAAGAUUCGAACUUGUGGAUCGGGGGGUCGAGUGCUCGGUUCGACUGCAUGAUACGCAAAGUGUACCGUGCAAAAUUUUGAUUGCUUAGUGUUUAGGGCCGGGGGUUGCAGUAGUGAAAAAAGGUUGUGAGGAAAGAUGUGAAAUUAUCUUUUGAUAAAUUGAUGGUGCUCUUCUAUUAGGUUUUGUGGGAUAAUGUACUCUCUAAUAAAAAAGGUUGGUAGGGUAUAUGAAUGUGGUAUAAGAUUCAUUUAUUUGAUUUUUCAGCAAUGCAAAUCUUCUUCAUUUUCA